GGGAUACAAAGAGAUUGAAGGAGUCCUCCAGAUCAGACCAUCCCAUAAUUCAGUAGUUAGCACAUCCUCCUGAUAGUUCAAAUCCUUUCUCCCUAUCAGUCAGGGGGAUGGAAUAUAGGGGAAUUGAAUUUUGCUACAUCCCAGAGGCAGCUUCUCUCAGGUUCUGGUGAGAGCUAUGAUUUAUCAAGGUGUAUACAGAACUCCCUCUCUGUGGUGCAGGUUACACUCUACCUAUGUUAGAAAAAUGCGACUACUAAAGUGAUGACGUCACACCCCAAGCGGGUAACAGCGAGGAAGAGGAUUACUUUCCAAACAACCGGUGAUGGGAAAUAAUGUCGAAAAAGGUCAUUUUGUUUCCGUGUAAACUCUGUAACUAACUGUUCUAAUAGAUACUUGUUUGAACUAAAGGAAGAUGAUGGCAUCUGUAGGCAAGCCCAAAACUCAGGAACAUUCUACCUCUUUCACAAUCUUUCUCCAUUCCUUAAGAAAGUUGGGAGCAAGUACUUGGCACCACAGAUAAGUGUAGCAGAAAUGAAAAGCAUGCUGGGGAAGUUCAAACAGAAUGAACAGAUGAUAGAGGACUCGGUGCUGAUUGGCUGUUCAGAUGAAUGCAUGGCAUACUUUGCCCUGGAUCUAGGAUCCUUGGAAAAAUCUGUCAUUGAAUCUGAAUUGAGGGGGUCAUUUACCGAAUUACGGAAGGCUUUCUUUCAACUCGAUGGGAAAGAUGCACCCUUGUUGUCCUCGGCUCAGGCUCUUCUUCGUUGGCAUGACACCCAUCAGUACUGUAGCAAAACUGGGCAGCCUACCCAGAAGAACCUAGCUGGCAGCAAGCGUGUUUGCCAUACCAAUGGAAUAAUUUAUUACCCACAGAUGUCUCCAGUGGUUAUCACUUUGGUGUCUGAUGGGAGCCGGUGCCUUCUUGCCCGACAGGCGUCAUUCCCAAAGGGGAUGUACAGUGCUCUGGCAGGCUUCUGUGAUGUGGGUGAGACGCUGGAAGAGACAGUCCGACGGGAGGUGGCAGAGGAGGUGGGAUUGGAGGUGGAGUCUCUGUGGUAUUCUGCUUCUCAGCACUGGCCCUUUCCCAACAGCUCCCUAAUGAUAGCUUGUCAUGCCAUGGUGCAGCCACAACAGACCCAGAUCAGUGUGAACAAACUGGAGUUGGAAGCAGCCAGCUGGUUCAGCCUGGAGGAGAUAAUGGAAGCACUCGGACGGGAGCCUAAGCCUUUGAAACAAGAGGAUGGCAGCUUUUCACUUUGUCUGCCACCCAAGUGGGCCAUAGCGCACCAACUGAUUCAGGAGUGGGUUAAGCUGCAGGCUUCCUCGCCUGCUUAGGCACAGUCUAUCACACCUUUAUUUUAGCAGGUAAAAACAAGUGAGGACAAGUUCUCACAGUGAUGACCCAGCCAGAAUGGCUCAUAAACCAUCUUAUUAUAUUCAGGUACACCUAGGAGCACAGACGCAUAUUUGGAUAAGUCCCAACAACUCUAGUACACAAAGAACCAUCAAUUAGAUACAAUACCGUAAGUGCCAGUAAAUCUUAAAAAAAAAAAAAAAGCCCAAACCACUAGAUGUCAUCAAACCAGCUACAAGCCUGCACCAUAGACAUCAGAAUGGUCAAACCCUACAACAUGUGUUUCCUAGAUCCCUCUUAGAAUAAAGGAUUCCACUCAUUUCCCUCUAUUUUACCCCCUUAGACAUCUCUGAUGUCACACAAUAGAGCCUCACUCUUUUUGACAGAGGACUAGGUGGGAUUCCAUUUAGGGUCUGUCAGGGUUGGUCCUAGUGCUGCUCUUGCAUUUGACAGUGUGAGAAUAGCGAAAGUGCAAAUUUCAUUAAGUUCCCUCUUUCCAUUGCUUCCCUGCCCCAUCAAGUCUCCCACUAUGCUCAUCUGCAUACAAAAAUACCCUUGAUUUCCUUUGCUGCUAAAGAGGUACUACACAUUUGUUCAUAUUGGACUUAGCAGCUAAAGGUAUCACGAGGCCCUCCCUCAGUGCUGAGCACAUUGCCCCUACAGCUUUCCAUCCUCAGGGGGCAAGAUUUGGUGAUAAACAGCAGAGGAACACCACCUGCAUAAAGCUUUAACUUGCUUGAUAUUCUGGAAGAGCCGCCAUGACUCAAACGGUCAUAGAAAUCGCUGAGAGCCCAAGGAACACAUUUCUGCCUCAGCCCAUGGGGUAUCACUCUUAACUCCAUGCAUUGCUUAGGUACAGAGCAUUUCUGUGGAGCAGAAAGAGCCCAGUCACAAGGUUCAAGGACUUGGCUAGAUGCUUGCUCCCCUUGUACUGGUGGAAUAGCAGGUUAUCACCCUCUGGGAGGCCCACUGAAGCAUAGCCUUGGGCAGGCAGAGACUAAUAGCCUAAUAAUGGAGUUACCUGGAUUUCUGAUUUAAUUAAACUGGAAGAAUUGAGGGUGGCUGUACCUUCUGCUUACUUGGUUGAGUUCCUGGGAAAAUGCACAGACGCCCACAUUUUGAGGCUAUUAGUUUGGACACUUGGAUGGAGAAGUGCAUUUUUAAUCCUCACCAAUUGAUCCUGCUCCUGGCCAAACACUGCUAGCUACUCAUUUUCUAUAGUCACACAUGGUUGUGUUGUAACAGUCUGGCAUCCAGCUUUCUUUAAAAUGUAACUUACUGGAGCUCUGCUGGUUUGUUCUUCAGUCUUUCUCUGCAUGUGUGAUGUCUGGGUUCUCUCUUUCUGUUUCUUUCUCCCAU